AAGCUGAAACCUACGGAUGGGUUCCAGGUGGGCAGAACACUGGAAGAUCUUCUCUGGUGUCUAACUUGUUUCUCCACGGACAUAUUUUAAUUUUUAACUUGCUCAUCUACUGCUUCACUGACUUAUCUCACCCCUCGACUGACUUAUCUCAUUCCUUGACAGACUUAUCUCACCCCUCGACUGACUUAUCUCAUUCCUUGACUGACUUAUCUCACCCCUCGACUGACUUAUCUUAUUCUUUGACUGACUUAUCUCACCCCUUGACUGGCUUAUCUCAUUCCUUGACUGACUUAUCUCACCACUUGACUGACUUACCUCACUACUUGACUGACUUAUCUCACCCCUCGACUGACUUAUCUCAUUCCUUGACAGACUUAUCUCACCCCUCGACUGACUUAUCUCAUUCCUUGACUGACUUAUCUCACCCCUCGACUGACUUAUCUUAUUCUUUGACUGACUUAUCUCACCCCUUGACUGGCUUAUCUCAUUCCUUGACUGACUUAUCUCACCACUUGACUGACUUACCUCACCACUUGACUGACUUACCUCACUACUUGACUGACUUAUCUCACCCCUUGACUGACUUAUCUCUUAUCUCAUUCCUUGACUGACUUAUCUCUUAUCUCAUUGCUUGACUGACUUAUCUCACCCCUCAACUGACCUAUCCCAUUCCUUGACUGAAUUAUCUCACCCCUUGACUGGCUUAUCUCAUUCCUUGACUGACUUAUCUCACCACUUGACUGACUUACCUCACUACAUGACUGACUUAUCUCACCCCUUGACUGACUUAUCUCUUAUCUCAUUCCUUGACUGACUUAUCUCUUAUCUCAUUGCUUGACUGACUUAUCUCACCCCUCAACUGACCUAUCCCAUUCCUUGACUGAAUUAUCUCACCCCUUGACUGACUUAUCUCACCCCUUGACUGAUUUAUCUCACCACUUGACUGACUUAUCUCACUCUUUGGCAGAUUUAUAUCACUCCUCAAAUGACUUAACUCAACACUUGACUGACUUAUCUCACCCCUUGAAUGACUUAUCUCUUCCCUUGAUGAUUUGACUCAUCAUGUCUGUCUAGGUUUAGGAGAUCUAGGUCAGCUAUAAUGAGAGCUUUGUUAACUUUGUUCCCAGAUUCAUCCUUGGGUUCCAACAAGUUCCCAGAGAAGCUCUCACUACAGGCUAAAGACUCAUCUAGGAAAGCACUCCAGAGUUAUCCCUCCAUGGAAAGUCUUGCAUCUUCUUCUCCCGUGUCUCUGGCUGAUUUGGAGCAAAAGAAAAGUAACUCUAAUAAUCAGAUAUUGUGUCAAAGACAAAGAUAUUACUUAGUUAAUAGGUUACCUAAAUUUUUUAGUCUUAAUUCUGGAAUUUUCUAUGUUUUAAGCCACAACUGUAAAAUUCUGCAGAUAUCAACAUUGCAUGAAAGCACCCCCCACCAUGAAAAAACUAUGUUCAUCUUGGGUUAACCAAAAAUUCUUGAUUUGUUACAGUUAAACCACUAGCCCAGUGGUCGGCAAAUAACGGCUCACGAGCCGCAUGCUGCUCUUUAGUGUCCUGAGUGCGGCUCUGCAAGUCAGCCACAAAUCAGUUUUGACUCAAAAAAACAUGGUUCUUGACAGGUUCUUGAAAAGCAAUUAGGCUCUCAAAAUUUUUUUAAUCGUCCUGCUGAUUUUUGGCUCUUUUGACUAAUGAGUUUGAGGACCACUGUAAUAGCAAGUCAUAUCUAAUGAGUUUGCCAAACAAUGUAGUAGCCAGUCAUAUCUAAUGAGUUUGAGGACCACUGUAGUAGCAAGUCAAAUCUAAUGAGUUUCCCGACCACUGUAGUAGCCAGUCAUAUCCAAGUGAUUGGUUACUGAAUGUACUUAUUAUGUGUUUAUCAGUUUCUGUAUAGUCAAGCAAUCAAUUAUUUUCUGUUUUGCAUGAUUGCAUCAAGGAAAGCAUAGAAUAAAAAAUAGCAAAGAUCUUAAUUUACCUUAAAACGUGUGCAGUUUAGUCCAUGCCAUGUGACUCUCUGCCAUGCUGUAAAUCAGCGGUUCUCUUGGUUCUCAACCUUCGGGCGGUGACCCCUUUGGGGGUCGAAAGACCCUUUCUCAGGGGUCGCCCAAGACCAUCGGAAAAUACAUAUACUCUACAGUUAUAAAGUAGCAACGAAAAUAAUUUUGUGUUUGGGGGAACUGUAUUAAAGGGUCGCGGCAUUAGGAAGGUUGAGAACCACUGCCAUAAAUGUUAUAAUUAAAAGAAUUAUUCUCAAAAUCAAUAGAUUAAACUGUUUAUCUAUGUUUAUUAAAGACAAGACGUUAUUAGGGAAUCCAUUUUAUAAAUGAUAAUUAGAAUGAAUAAAAAGCUCACCACAAGUGAAAAAAAAAGUUUCUGUGUCCUUUCAUCUUACAGCCUCGCUUGUGUUCGAAAUCAACGAUGUCCUCAAUGUGUUUAAACAAGAUGGCAGUCAUGUCAAGUUUCUCCCAGCUCCUGUCAAGCUAGUAAGCUCACAUCUAUAAAAUUUAUCUGCUUAGGAAACUCUCAGGUGUAAAAAUAUUGCAUCCAGCAACAGUCAGCGCACAUGGCUUUUAAAUAAAAAUGGUAUAGUAACUAAAAUUUUCGUGUAAUUCCCAACAAAAUUUUGAUUAAAAAUUAUGGCAUUGUUAAAUUCAAUUUUGUAUUUAUCUAUAAUUGCUCUGGUCUCAGUCUAACACAGAUAUAUUUAUUAUAGCAGUCUUUAAUAAAAACAUCUUCAAUAAAAUAAUAUUUUCAGAAAAAAUAAUAUUUUCAGAAAGGGCGAAGUCUUUGUCGUGUAGAAAGUCAGCCUGAUUUAUCGACACACUGGCCAAACAGUCAACAAGUGCGCUAUCAUGAUAUCUAGUAAGUAGCUUAUCCCUCAACCAUCUGCAUUUUCUUGACAUUUAUUGUCGGCAAUUGAGUAGUUAGAAGCUUAUCCGGGUUGUAAUAAACUUCACAACCAUAACAAUAACAAGUAUCUUAUACGUUUGACAGCACUCUGUUAUUAAGGUAUCUUAGUAAGUUGUCAAUCAAUAAAUCCAUUCUUCAAUAACUACAUGAUGAUAUUUAGUAAGGGUUUUAUCCAACAGCCUGUAACAGCAUCAAAAAAUCAUAUUGUAAAUACAGAUGUUAUUGUAAAUUUUUGGGUGUUUUUUUGUAAUCGAUUUUUCUGUUUUCAGAAAUUCAGUUUUAAAAUGGUUUUAUGCUUUUGCAAUCAAAGCGCGAUUGCUGCAGAAGCACAUGGGAAUAGCCUUUCUGUACUUUUUUGUUGUUGUUGCUAAUCAAUAUAUACAUAUUUUUGUGGGGGUUAUUGGUGUCUUGGGUGAAUUGCCACACUUUUCUCCUCACUACUUGACCCCAUAUGCAAUGCAUUUCAAACUGUUCCUCACAGUCACAUUACAUCGAUAUGAUAUUUUAUAAAGCCACACCAUCCACAGAGUGAUUCCCACAGCCAUGUCAUAUUGACAUGAUAUUUUAUAAGACCAUACCAUCCACGGAGGCAGCCACUCAGCUAUGUCAGAUCGACAUGAUAUGUUAUAAGACCAUACCAUCCACGGAGGCAGCCACUCAGCUAUGUCAGAUCGACAUGAUAUGUUAUAAGACCUUACAUCCAUAGAGGCAGCCAUACGUCCUUGUCAGAUGGAAAUUUUAAACAACAUACCAUCCAUGGAAACAGGCACACACAUCCAUGUCAUAUUGACAUGAUAUUUUAUAAGACCAAACCAUCCAUAGAGGCAGCCACACAGCCAUGUCAUAUUGACAUGAUAUUUUAUAGGACCAAACCAUCCAUAGAGGCAGCCGCACAGCCAUUUCAUAUUGACAUGAUAUUUUAUAGGACCAAACCAUCCAUAGAGGCAGCCGCACAGCCAUUUCAUAUUGACAUGAUAUUUUAUAGGACCAAACCAUCCAUAGAGGCAGCCACACAGCCAUGUCAUAUUGACAUUAUAUUUUAUAUGACUCAAUGAUUCACAGCUGUAGGGAGAGUAUGUGUUCUCUUUACAUUGUACUGUAGUUUUUGUUGAUUGGGGUGGGGGGGGACACAAAAUUUUUGGAGACUGCGCUCUGCCAACUUGUUAAUAUCUGUUACACAAUAAACGCUUGUAACAAUAAACACUUUUUCCAAUAAACGCUUGUAACAAUAAACACUUUUUCCAAUAAACGCUUGUAACAAUAAACACUUUUUCCCAUACAAAAUCCAGCCACAACCUUUUUUAUUUUAUUUUUUACAUUGGCGAGCUGGUAUAAAUACAGAAUAUGGUAUGGUCAGAUUUGCCAAGUAUUAGCAACAAGUCUACCAAUUUUAUGCAUUAUUCAACAUCUUUAUUUCUUUAAAAUAAAAAGUUUUUUAUUUAUUAAAUUAUAGAUCAAAUAUUUACUAUUGGUUUAUAAUUUAAUUUGUUCUUUAAAAAUAUAGAUUUAAUUUUUUUUAAAGGUAUAUUUUGAUAAAAUAAUUCUAAAACCGGUUUCGACAAUCAACAACCCGUUCUUGGUUUCAAAACCUAAACUACGGUUUUUGUUUAACAAUUUUACUUUUAAGUAGAUCCUCCGCUGCAAGUUACACCAAGUACGGUACCGUACAUGUUUCCUUAGUAAACUGCCAUUUUUUAAUUGAUGUUAUUUAUCCACACUAUUUGCAUUUCAUCUUAAAACUAAUUUCAGCUACUAUACGGAUGAGAAUGAUAUGCUGCUUGAAAAGAAGUAUUCAAAAAUAAGAGACCGAAAUGACUUUGCCGACACCUGUAGCUCAUUUGUGUCUCCAGUCAAGAAAAAGCAGAGACCGGUCCCAAGCAUGCCACCUGUGAGGUCAUCACCAAGAAGAGCUACUGCAUCACAGUAUCUUAUGACGCGAGAUAAAACACUUAAGUAUGUUUGUUAAAUUGUUCAGGUCAACAAGCCAUGCACAAUUGUCCUAAGAUCAGCAAGCCACAUAAAAUUAUCCAAAGAUCAACCGGCCAAAUAAAAUUAUCCUAAGAUCAACAGGCCACAUAAAAUUAUCCUAAGAUCAACAAGCCACAUACAAUUAUCCUAAGAUCAACAAUCCACAUUAAAAUUAUCUUAAGAUUGACAGGCCACUUAAAAUUAUCCUAAGAUCAACAGGCCACAUAAAAUUAUCCUAAGAUCAACAGGCCACAUAAAAUUAUCCUAAGAUCAACAAGCCACAUACAAUUAUCCUAAGAUCAUCACGUGUAAUUAACAGUGCAUCUUGAUAUUAUUAAUUGAUAUUAUUAAGUAAUUUUGUUCCCUUAUGUUAUUAGUAAAAACUGCAUUCAGCUAACAUUUUUUAAUAUCUUUAAUUUUAUCAGCAAAAAAUAAAUAUUCAUAAUCCUACAAAUAAGAAAAAAACUUUCUACGUAUGCACUUGUGUAAACUUUAAGGACACCUCAUUUUAGGCAUUUGCUUCAUCAGUUAGGAAUCACAAAAAUAUAUCAUCAACAAAUUUAUUGUGUUUCCCUAUGACAAUAGUAUAUUCUGCAUAUGAAAUCAAUAAGCGCUGUAUUCAAACUCUUACAGAUUUUUCCCGCAUGUAAAGUGGCUUGAGUUUAGUCUUUAUAAUUUAUAUUAGCUUUACUCCUAUAAAAGAAAUUUGCAAUGUUAUUCAAAUAUUACCCUGGCCUAUUCUUGAUGUGUCGUUAUGAGCCCAUGUAAAAUAUUCAAGUCAUUUUAAGUAUCAGUGAAAGUAUAAGUACAAAACUGAUCCUUUACGAUUUUUUUUUUGAUUUUUAAUGGUGAAAGAAAAAUGAUAGGUUGUCGAUUUUUAUUGCUUCUAGUUUAAAAUAAUUCAAUGAGUGCUUGAAUGAACAAAAACCUGGUCCUUUUCUAAUUAAUUAAAGAAGUUUUACCUAUUUGUUGAGAACCCUUGGCCAUGAUGGUUGACCAAAACAAAGGAUCAGUUUGGACAGUGAGAGAUCCUUGCCACCUGAACCUUUCAUGAACUAUACCCAGAGCUUUGAACAAUCCUUACUUUAAAUCAUGUUUAGUUUAAUCCCCAAUUUCUUGAUUCCAGCUCAACACUGCAUACAGAGACGCUAACUGACAAACUAUUUAAACAGCCAGUGUCACGCCACAGCAGUCCCCGUAAACGUGUGUCUCUAACAUCAACACCUGCUACUUCGACACCAGCCAGCGGCCCUGGCAGUGGAAGUCCUAAGACGAAGGGGUCCUUAAAUCUGAGCCAAGUGACCCCGACUACUACUCGGAUGAGUCCGCGGAAGAGACAGACGACUAGG